CCUAACAGCUCUGUCUCUUCUGCAAUAGUGUGUAGCCAUCAACCAAUGUGCGUUGAGCACCACGUCUCCUUCAUUGUAGACCUUGAAGCCUUGAAGUCAAAUAGUGAUAUCAAGUGUGACGAUGCAGGAAGUUGGCAAAACAACAGUAACGACAAAUUUGGGUUUCAAAGAGAUGGCGAUGAAUGGAUUCAAUGUGCUAGGUCAGAUGAAGAAGUUCAUCUCAAAAGGGAAUAUUAUUGUUUAAAAGAUGGUAUGAAAGACGACUUCAGAAAACGAAUCGAUACGAUAAUUUGGCCUGAAGGUGAAAUCCACAGAUAUUGUCUGGUCCAAUACUCGUUCAAAGGGGGAAAGGAACAUCCAAUUCUUCAACGACAACAUAAAAACGCCAAAUCAGAGUCACGUGGUCCAUACGUCCGAACAUGGGAGAGUACGAAAGCCCUUCUGAAAGAAAAAAUGGGUGAAAUGAAUCCACGUGAGGUCGUGCACAAGACCGUAGCAGAGGAUUUUGGAGGAAUUUCCAGUUGUUCUGGUAUAGGAAUGGUGCCUCGAGAUAGACAACAGGUUAAGGAUUUUUCAAGAAAUAAAAAGAAAAGUAAACGGCAAAGGAAAACACUAUCAGAAGACGCCAACGACGAUGAUCCUUGGUUUCGCCUACUCGGAGAAAGCAAAAAGCAAGCGUCAAAUAGAAGUACAGCCUUUAUAAGAGAUGUAAGAGUCGCACCUGAGCCGCUUUGUGUUAUGACGUCGGACAGGCAAUUAAAUGACCUAAAGCGGUUCUGCUGCAAUCCCGUAGAAUUUCGUCCAUUUACCGUGGAUCCAACCUUUGAUAUUGGACAUUACAAUGUCACGCCAAUAACUUAUCAACAUCUGCUGCUCGAAAACAGACGCGACGGAAAGCACCCAUCUUUAAUCGGCCCAGUUUUACUUCACAAUAAGAAAACAGAAGAAACGUAUUCAAGCUUCAGUGCAACACUGAAAACACUGGAACCAGGUUUACGGGACCUAUUGGCAUUCGGCACGGAUGAUGAACAGGCCCUCAUCUCAGGGUUUCGAAACAACUUUGAUCGAUCAAUUAACUUGCUUUGCGAAUUACAUUUGCAGAAAAAUGUCGAAAGGAAGCUGCAAGAAUUGCAAAUCCCAAAACAAAGUAAAGUUGAAAUCAUCACCGAUAUAUUUGGCAGGAGGCAUAGCGAUAUUGUAGAAAGUGGAUUAACGGAUGCCAAGAGUGCGGAAGCGUUCGAUACAAUGCUGGUUAAUCUAAAGGAGAGAUGGUCUUCCCUUCAUACUAAAGGCCAAGUCUUUUAUGACUGGUUUGUCUCCAGAAAACGUGAUGAAUUCAUCAAUUCCGUUAUCAGUAUAGUACGCCAAAGAGCUGGUCGGUUGUCCUCCUGAUCGUUUCACAACAAACCGAUCAGAACAAACGAAUCGGUCGAUCCAAGAAUUUGUGAAAUCCGAGUGCAAAAGCGCAAAGAAAAUCGACGAAUUCACCUUCUCUGUUUGUUUGUCGAAACUUGUCAAUCAACAGAAACAAGAGGUUGAGUUAGCUGUUCUUGGCCGUGGAG